AUGGAUGGGCAGACGAGGCGCAGAAAGAGAGCAGCGGGGGACAAGAAGAAAUACCUGGAGGUGUUGGUGGUGGCGGACCAUACGAUCACAGCCAUGCAUGGCAAGGACAGAGUGAAGAACUACAUCAUGACACUCAUGAACAUUGCAAACUCCGUGUAUCAGCACCACACGCUGGGGCUCAACAUCCGGGUCGUCGUUACGGAAAUCGUUCUCCUGGACAAGGACGAUCAAAAGCGAGUACUGACCAAGAAGGACGCCUACCGCACUGUCCAACAGUUCUGUCAGUGGUCCAUGCACCGCUUGUCGCCAAUGUACGCGGCCAAGCACGACGUCGCCAUCUUGCUGACCAGGGAAAGCCUUGGGCCGGCAGGCUAUGCUCCUAUAACCGGUCUGUGUGAUCCAAGCAGAAGCUGUGCCGCCAUCACAGAUGAGGGCUUCACGACCGGCUUCAUCAUCGCCCACGAGACGGCCCACAUCUUCGGACUUUUCCACGAUGGACACGGGAAUUCUUGUACUGGGCGGCGCUACACUACAGCUGUGAUGGCGCCACUGGUCGAGGCCAAGCUGAACCAUUACUGGUGGUCCGAGUGCAGCAAGCAGAGAAUGCACGAAGUUAUCAACUACCUCUACUGCCUGAACGAUGAGCCCAACAUGGUGACUGGCACCACCCACUACGAUCUGGACUCCGGCUCGUCGCUGAGGGACGACAUCGGCAAGGACUACAGCCUGCAGUUCCAGUGUCGACUGGAGUUCGGCCACGACUUCAUUCUCUGCGCAGCGUUUGAGCAGGAUUCCUGCAACAUGCUGUGGUGCAGCGAACGCAAGACGCCUCACAUGUGUCGCACCAAGCGAGGACCUCCUCUCCCGGGCUCGAGCUGCGGCCACUACAGGCAAUGUCGAAACAGCCAGUGCAUCUACGUGGGUAACGAGAAACCCGUUCACGGGGGCUGGAGCGACUGGGAGGAGUGGGGCUCCUGUAGUGUCGACUGCGGGGUGGGCAUCCGACGGCGGCGCCGCUCCUGCACGAAGCCACAGCCGGCAUACGGUGGAAAAGAUUGCGAUGGAAACGCUGAAGACUGGGACACGUGCAUGAAUAAGGACUGCAGCCAGUACCAAGACUCGAGAGAAGCUCAUUGUGCCGUGUGGAAUGACCUCAACAUUCGUUCUGGAUACCACGUCUGGCUGCCUUACCAGUCUAGCAAAGAAAGCGACCGGUGUAAGCAGACCUGCGUGUCCAAUCAGACAGGGGAGGUGAUCGUCACCAUCGACAUCGAAAUUUCUGACGGGACAUCGUGUACAUAUGAGGAGCCCUACCAACAUCUGCUAUCUUGGCUCGUGUUUGAAAGUUGGUGUGAUGGCUUGCGGAACUCCACCAUGGAAUACGACUCGUGUGGAGUAUGCGGGGGAAAUAACUCGGAAUGCAAAACAGUAUCAGGUCACUUCAAUCGCGCUCCUUCGUCCAGAGAAGAGUACGAGAGUGUGGUUUUAUUACCAAAAGGGUGUCGCAAUAUAGAAAUAGUAAAAAGGGGUAUUAAUAAGCAUUUUGUAGCAUUGCGUGAUCCAAGAUACGGUACAUUCCCCUUGAAUGGAGACAAAAGGCGAGGUAGCUCUCGCGACUUUAUAUUCGGAGGUGCGAGGUUUGUAUACAAGACUGUAAAUUUCAUCGAAAGCAUUAAAUCCAGUGGACCACUUUACAACGAGUUGGAAGUCAUGCUGUAUCCCAACAAAGACAACACCGAUGCGUCGGUGACGUACGAGUACACGGUGAACCGCCAGGACAUGACCCUAGAGAAGCGCAAGUACCAGUGGAAAUUCCACAACUGGACCGCCUGCUCCGUGACAUGCGGUGAUGGUGUGAUGAACAUCGAACACGCCUGUUUCGACAAAGACUCCGGGCUGGAAGUGAGUAAGGACAGUUGCCAGUACUUGGAGCCCCCGAGGCGAAAUGAAGUGCCUUGUCAUGCUGGGUCCUGUACCAUGACCAGAUACACGUGGGCAAUGACCAACGACUGGAGUUUGUGUAAUGCUAGCGAGUGUGGAGGAAAAGGCGAAGAAACACAGGGCUACAAGUGCGAGCUGUACUACAUGAAUAAUGACACUUACGAGCAAGCUGACAUGGACCUCUGCGACAUCCAAACGGCCCAAUAGUGACUCGAACCUGCACAGGCCCACCUGCAACUUGAACUGGACGGCAGGGAACUGGUCGCAAUGCUCCGUCACAUGCGGAAAAGGGAGACAAUGGCGUACUGUGUACUGCGGUGACCCGGAUACAGACGCAGAUGACAUGUGGUGCAAGGAAUCUCCACCAAAUUUGACCAGACCGUGCAAAAUGAAAGCGUGCGACGAACCUGUCAGUGACGGGGCAUGCAGUGACAAGUACGCCUUCUGUCCAAAAACCAUUAACUUGAACGUGAAGUGUCAGGCGGAGCGCUUCCGGCAGAUAUGCUGCAAGGCAUGCCGGGAUACCGACAGCGCCGCCAAGCGACCAAAGAUGUCACAGUGGACACUAUAUCGUCAGCGUCUGCUCAAGAAGGCCAAAAAAAAUUGAGCUAAUACUAAUUCUUUUUUUACUACAUUACAAUUUGAUUAUUAUGUUUAUUUUUUUUAAAGUGUUGGUUACUAAAAAAAGUGAAUCAUAAAAAAAAUUAUCUUUAUAUGACGCACAACUUAAGGUUUGAUACAUGUUUGUUUACUUAUUGAUGGUUCUUACAUACUUAAGAAAAAAAAAAUCGUUAUUUCUUGUCGUUAUUGUGUGUUCAUUUCAGAAAUUUUUGAUUUGUCUCCCGUGGUCUUCAAUAUUUUUGUAAUUCAUAGCUCAAAAAAAAAUGUCUGACUUUUUCAUGUCUGUGUAAAAUUAUGUAGCAAUCAAAAUAAACACAUUGUACAUUUUAUUACCUCAGAAGACUUUGUAGUAAUCACAUGCUUUUAUGACAGAUGGAAAUUGUUAUGAUUUGACAGUAUUCUUCUGUUGGCCUAUUAGUACAUAUUGUACGUGGUAUUAUUCCGUCGUCACAAUCAACAUUUUCGCAGACUUUUUUUUUGCGCGAAUUGAGCUUUAAAAAAGGAAAAAAAAAAGACCAUCCAUUUCCUCAUUUCUGUAUGCAAGUUCAAUGAGAGUUGUGAUGUCUUUUGUCAUCUUCAUGGACUAAUCUUCAGGAUUACACACUUGAUGACUAUAAGCUUCAUGCUAAUCAGAUUUGUUUUAAAGAAAAUUAAGUAGUUUCGUGUUUUUGUUUUGUUUUUUUUCAUGUGCUGAUAUAAUGCUCCAAUUUAUCUUCAUGCCCCUACUAAAUCACGUGAACAGUA